CUAUAAACAAACAAAAACAAAUAUUUUUUUCAUUUUUUCAAUAUUAUAACUUAUUUAUUUUGAAUCGAAUAUACAAAUAUCAGGUUAAAAAUAGUAUAAUAUACUGAUAGUUCGAGCCAAAUUGAAUCGGAUAACUGAUUAGUUCAGAUGAAACAUACAGAAUACCUUUAAGAACCAGGAUAUUCGAUAGGUAUCCCACCCCCAUUGACCCGUAUUGGUAUUAGUUGAACUUUCGAUUACUAGCCACCACCAUUGACCCGUAGUGGUAUUAGUUGAACUUUGGAUUGGUAGCCACCCCCAUUGACCCAUACUGGUAUUAGUUGAACUUUGAAGAUACAGGUCUGUUUUUUAAGUUAUUUUUCAAUAAAAGUUAUGGUCAGUUGUCUUGUUGCCUAAGUCUCCUGUCACACUUGUAAAAUUGAGAGUUUCUCAAUCUCGCUAGCUGAUUAGUUGUUGGGUACCAGAUCCAGAGGCAAAAUGGACUCACCGCACUCGAAUUUGCUAGCUGCUGCUGACCCACCUCCGGUGACCGACGAACAAAAUCGUGAUGAUGUCCCAAUCGAGAAAGCAGAGAAGCCCAGGACUUUUCCCUUUCCGUUGUCUGAAGAAACGGAUGGUAAUGACGACGACGUUGAUGACCUAAUCAAGGACUCGAGCAAGCUUAGCUUAGAGCAUAAAAAAUCAUCUCUUCCUCCUCUUCCUCCUCUUCCUCCUCGAGCAUUAUCAAAAUGGUCUACUCAACAUCCAAACUUGUGCAAGCACAAGGCAACGGAUUCGCUCAAACCCAGAAAACACGAGGAAGUGGAGAUUACUAAGCGUAAGAGUUCAAAGGACAUGUUCAAAUCAGAAAAGGAGUUUUUUGAAUUAAUGCUCAAGUAUCAACGAGUCAUUUCUGAAAGAGAUUCUGCUAUUACUGUCCGUGACAAGCUUGAGUCACUUUGUAGAGAGUUACAACGCCAAAACAAAAUGUUGAUGGAAGAAUUCAAGCGGGUGUCGACUGAGGAACAGACUUUAAGAUCAGAUUUGUCGACCAAGUUCCAGGAAGCAAUUAACGUAGUUGAACUGUCACACAAGCAACCGUGAAAAGACAAAACACAUGAUAAAAUAACGAUCCACGUAUGUGAUAGAUUGAUUAUAUAGUUUGCAUAAUUCAAUAAAAUAUAAACCGUGCUGUGACAGAACAUCUAAGACAAUAAUUACGAUACAAUAUGAAGAAAAUUUUCAGACCUCACAAACUCAUUGCAAAUGCUCAGGCGCGUAAAACGCUCUCUGCAUGUGCUCUCUCUCUCUUUCUCAUUCUCAAUUGUAUAUAUACACACACCAACCACAUAGUUUCAUGUCUCUCUAUUUUUAUUUAUACUAUAUGCAUUGAAGACAUAUCAAUGGGGAACUGCCUGGGACACAACAAUGACCUUAGCGGAAAAGAGAAAGAUAAUCUCGAGACCGAGCGGCCGGUUGAGUUAUUUGAAGAAGGUAAAGGGAGUAAUAGUAAGGAAGAAGAGAGGGAAAGCUCAACAGAAAGAGAGUCAAACGUGGUGAGGAUUAAAGUUGUGGUGACAAAAGAAGAACUAAGACAAAUCUUGGGUCACACGAAAGGUAUCAAUUCCAUUCAACACUUGGUUCAUGUUCUCAAAGAUAGUGGCAGAAACAUCUCCAGGGCUUAUGAAGAAGACAAAGAACUAAGUGAGGAAAGUUGGAGUCCCACGUUAGAAAGCAUUCCUGAAAAUCAUUAUUGAAACUACUCAUAUUUAUAUUUAACUAAGAAUCCAAUGUUGACUCAGAAGCAUUGGCUCUCUUUCUUUCUUUCUUUUUAACUUUUGUUUCCUUGUGUGCUUUCUAGGAUGUAUUGUGCUUUCUGUUUUUUUUUUUUGUGUUUGUGCACUACCUUAUAUAUGUCAUUUUGUGUCGUAUUAUAUACGCAUAAAUUAAUUAAUUGUGGCAUUUUAAAUAUGCGAUUGAAAUGUCAGGACCUCUUAUCUAUAAGGAAGUAUCUCAGUGUUUUUGUCAGUCGAUUAGAACCCGAAUGUAGAACUUCAGAUAAGGUCAUUAGAGCUUCACCAUGUUUCCAAAAGGAGUAUUGCAUGAGUGUAUAAGCUUAGGGCAUCAUUUAAAAUAUUAAUUUAUGAGAAUUCAAAAGCUCUAUAAUUAGUUGUUACGACAAGUGACCUAUAAAAGUUACAGAUGACAAAAUGAGUCAGCUUUAGAAGAAUAUUGAGUCAAUCAAUACUCAUUUAUUUUCCAGGAAUUGAAGUCGUUUUUAAAUUAAUAUGAUUCAAAAACAAACGGAUAAAAUUAAGCGAGAGCAAU